AUGCGGAGGGGCUUCCUCGGCGCCGCGCCUCCCAAGCGCGCGGAGACCCCGCCCGAACCCCGGGGGGAUCCCGAGGACGGCCUCGGGUUCGACCGCGCCUUCGAACGCGCGCUCCUCGCGCAGGAGGCUGGACGCGCGACGGAGGCGUCAUCGUCGUCGUCGUCGGACGCGACGCUCGGCGUGACGCUGCGAUCGUCGGCGGCGAACGCGUCGUCGCUGGACGGCGCGCUCACGAGACACUGGCCGCACGGCCACGUCAUCGUUCCCAGCGCGGACGGCCACGCGGACAACCUCAUGCUCAUGCUCCACGGCCGCGGCGACGUGCCCGCGCCGUUCGCCAAGCUCGCGAGAUCCAUGGCGCUCCCGCGCACGUGCUGCGUGGCGCUCCAGGGCCCGCACCCGAUCCCCUUCGUGGACGACGGCCGCGCGUGGUUCACGUUCAUGGAUCAGGAGACUUUCGAACCCAUCGACGGCUCGGAUCCCACCGACACGCGACGCGUCGACAGCCUCGACCGAGUCGUGACCCGCCUCGCCAAACUCAUCGACGCGUUGACGUCGACAGCCGCCGACGCCGACGACGCCGCUCCGACGCCCACGUGGCCGAGGUCGCGCGUGCACCUCUUCGGGUUCUCCGACGGGGGGACCGUCGCCCUCACCGCCGCGAUGCGCGCGUACGCGGAGGGCAAGGGGAGGCUCGGCGGAUGCGCGACGGUGUGCGCGUCGCUGCUCCCCGAGCAAAUUCGAAUGUUGUCGAAGGUUGCGUCCGGUACACACGAUGGAUCCAUAUCCGGUGACGAUGGAUCCAGUAACGAUGGAUCGUCCGGUGACCCGACGCCCGUGACGCUCACCGCGGGCGAAUCCGAUCGCGUCGUCUCGGUCUCGUCCGUGCGAGAGACCGCGGACGCUCUGAUCGACGUUAACCCCGGUCACGUCGCGUCGGUUCACGCGGUGCCCGGGAAGAGCCACGCGAUGGUCGGCGGGACGCGGGGCGAAGGGGAGAUGCGACACCUGAUGGGUUUCUGGAGUCUGACGCUGUGGCGGCCGGGGGUGGGCGGGGACGGCGGGGGUGGGACGGAGGCUGGAGAUUUUGGGGAUGGCGUGGUGGAGGUGGACGGCACGAACGUCCGCGUCGAGAAGGUUGAAUCAGAGGAGGACGGGGACGAUGAUCCGUACGCGCUCGACUAG